CUCACUCCGACAUCAUUCUGACUUCUGGCUUCAGAGCUCCAACUAGAACAGCAAAGUAAAAUGCGCGCCUUCAUCGUCCUGUGCCUCGUGGCCGUCGCCUGCGCCGACAAGCUCGGCUACAACUACCAACCCGUGGCCCACUCCAGCUCCGGCUUGUCCUUUGCUCCUGGCAGUGGAUCCGGCGCCGGCUCAAUCUCCCUCGGAGGUCUUGGCGGCGGCAGCGGUUCUCUGGGAGGACUCGGCGGUGGAUCCCUGGGAGGACUCGGUGGCGGAUCCCUGGGAGGACUCAGCGGCGGCAACUUCGGCAGCCUUGACAGCGGCCUGGGUGGUGGCUCCCUGGAUCUGGGAUCCUCUGGACUCGGCUCUGGAAUUGGUCUGGGAUCUUCCGGUCUUGGAUCUUCUGGUCUUGGAUCUGCUGGUCUUGGCUCCUCUGGUCUGGGCUCUGCUGGUCUCAGCGGUCCUGUCAACUACGAUGCCCCUGCUGCUACCGGUGAGCUCGAGAAGGAGUUCUUCACCUUCAGCGCCAACGAGGAGGACUUCGAUGAGCCCCAGGCUUUGGAGCGCGUUGCCAGCUCCGUGAACAAGGGUCUGCGCGUCGUCUUCAUCAAGGGACCUGAGAACCGUGGCCUGGAGAAUGCUGCCCUGGCUCUGGCCAAGCAGGCUGCCCAGCAGGAGACCGCCAUCUAUGUCCUGAACAAGCAGACCGACAUCGGAGAUCUGGCCAGCAAGCUGAACGCCAUCCGCAGCAACACCAACAACAAGCCCGAGGUUCACUUCGUCAAGUACCGCACCCCCGAGGAUGCUGCCAACGCCCAGCGCGCCAUCCAGUCGCAGUACGACCAGCUGGGAGGAUCCUCUCAGGCCAUCAACGGAGGUGUUGCCAACGCCCUGAACUUCGCUUCCGCCUCUCAGGUGCGUCAGCCCAACGCCCGCAUCCCGGAGAACUCCUACCUGCCCUCCUCCGUGCUCCGUCGUCUGCGUUUCCGUCGCUAAGCGGUAAAGGAAUCUGCUUCACCAUAGCUGCCAUAUCCUUCCUAUAUGCCAUUUGUUGACUUUUAUGUUAUGUAUUGAUUUCUCGAACGAACCCGAAAUACAAUUGAUUCUAAAAUUAAA